GGCGGGAUCCACCGUGAAUUCCGUCCACUCUUGUGAUUGGGGGCCUGAAUACAGGCCAAGGAAGGUAAACAUUAAGCGUGCUAUGGAUUGAGGUUCAUACAAUAUUUAUACCGUCAGUAUGCCACAACUAUCUGGAUGCUUUGUGAGAAGUAUUAUCCCGCUCGACAAGUCAAAGCCUCUCCUUGAUUUCCCUAUAGAAGGGAACUUGUCAAUCGACGACUGAUAUCGGAAGUCGUCUAUCAUCCUGUUUCCCUUCGAUUGCCCCGAUAAGUCUGCACAUAUGGUGCUCGCAAUCAUGAAGGAUUUCUUCACCUCAAAAGACAAACCGCUAGAGAAGGAGGAGUCCCAUUCGACUGGAACCCUCAGAGAUUCAGAGAACGGCAACAAGCAAGAAGACGAGCCUCAAUACCCCAGCCCAUUCAAGCUGGCAAUCAUCGUCCUAAGCUUGAACCUUGCCAUGUUUCUCGUGGGACUCGACAACACCAUCAUUUCGAGCGCUAUCCCAAAGAUUACCGACCAAUUUCACGCUCUCGGCGACAUCUACCUCAUGGCACUGUUUAUCUUUGAACUGGGGUCUCUGAUCUGCGCCGUGGCCCCAAGCUCGACGGCUCUGAUUGUCGGCCGUGCCAUUGCAGGCAUUGGCGGUGGUGGUAUCGGUAACGGUUCCUUCCUGCUCAUCGCCCACUGUGUGCCUCCACGCCGACGUCCGGCGUUCAUCGGUAUGAUGGGUUCCAUGUAUGGCAUUGCGUCCAUCGCAGGUCCUCUGAUGGGGGGUGCCUUCACGGACAACAUUUCCUGGAGAUGGUGUUUCUACAUCAACCUGCCUCUCGGAGUGCUUCCUGCUGUCAUCAUUACCUUUUUCAUCUCCCCGUUCCGCGGCAGCAAGAAGGGCGAGAUUGGUUUCCUGAACCAGCUCAAGCAGAUGGAUCUUCCAGGAACCGUGUGUCUUUUGCCCGGGGUCAUUUGCCUGCUGCUCGCGCUUCAGUGGGGCGGUUCUGCCUACCCCUGGAAGAAUGGCCGCAUCAUAGCUCUAUUUGUGCUUGCCGGUCUUCUCUUCAUCGCUUUCAUUGUCAUUCAGUAUAUCAGUGGAGAUCGUGCGACAGUGCCAGGCCGUGUCUUCAGCAACCGGAACGUCUGGGGAUCUGCUCUAUUUGGUUCGUGCGUGACCGCCGGCUUCUUCCUGUUGCUGUACUAUAUCCCAAUCUGGCUACAAGCCGUUAAAGGCGCCAGCGCAAUCAAAUCCGGAAUCAUGAAUCUCCCCAUGCUCCUAGGCAGCGUCAUAUUCUCCCUCCUGGGCGGGGCCCUCACCUCCAUAAUCGGUUACUACAUGCCCUUCGCCUACCUCACCGUGAUCCUCAUGUCCAUCGGCAGCGGCCUCCUCUCCACCCUGCAAGUGGACUCUGGUCACGCCCAAUGGAUCGGCUACCAAUUCCUCGUCGGCGCCGGAGUGGGCAGCGGCCUACAGACGGCCUUUGCCGCGCCCCAAUGUGUCCUACCCCUUGAAGACAUCCCAAUCGGCACCGCUGUCGUCAUCUUCACGGAAAAUCUGUCCGCCGCGGUCUUCGUCUCGGUGGCCCAAAACGUGUUCUCGAAUCAGUUGCGAACCAACCUGGCUACGCCCGUGCCUGAGGCUGACGCGAGUGCUAUCUUGUCCGGCGGUGCUACCGAUAUCAAGAAUCUCGUGCCGCAGGAUCUCUAUCGGGGUGUUUUGUUCGCGUAUAAUAAGGCUCUGGAUCAGACGUUUUAUGUUGGGGUUGCUCUGUCUUGCUGUGCGGCUCUGGGUGUUUUGGGUAUGCAGUGGGUGUCGGUGAAGAACCCGAAGAAGGAUGAUACAUCAUCUGAGUCGAUUUAG